AUGAGCAGAAGCGACACCAUUACUGACAAAAACGAUAGCAACAACAGUAACGGUGAGGAACAAGUAGUAGCUGAAGAGCAAGAAGAAGAGGAGCAUCAGGAGGAGGAGCAUUUCUACGAGUCAUUGGAUCGCAUUGCUUCCUCUUCUUGCUCUUGUUCCACUUCUAACUCCGACUCCGAUCCUGACGCCACCCGUUCCAAUUCCCCUCGUGCAAACAACCAUUUUCACGACCAUCAUGUCAGUAAUUAUGAUGUUUGGAUCUCUCAACCCGAAUCCAUUUCAGAACGCCGCCAACGCCUUCUUCACCAGAUGGGUCUCAGCUCCGACCCAUCCCUUUCCCGCUCCAAACCCCAAACAACCCACAACGGAGAUUUUUAUUUUAACCGCUCGGUGUCCUCGGAUCGUUUGAUUGGAGAGAAACUGGGCGGUCCUGGUUCGAGUGAUUCUACUCCUAUCGUCCGAUCGAAAUCAGACGAUGGCGGUGUUGUUGGUGGUUCUAUAGAUCAUGACAAUGAUGAAGAUGCCGAUAAGUUCGAUGAUGAUGAUUUUAAUUCGUGCUGUUCUUCGUCUUCUGUUUAUUGUUCGCCUUCUUCCAUUUUUUUGCAAGAUUCGAUUAAUGUAAAUAGUAAUGAUAGUAAUUACAAUUGUAGUAGUAAUAAUAAUAUUAAUAACAACAAGCUCAGCAAUAAUGGGUUUGGUGUUGCUGGUUGUGGUAAGAAAAGCAAAAGCAAAAGCAGAAAUGGGUCUUCUCCGAAAGAAGGUAGUGUUAGCGUUAAUGUUGUUGUUUCGCCCAAUAAGCCGCCUUCGGGGAAACAACAUGUUAAGAAAAUGGAAGUGAAUCGAUCGGAUUCGGCGAAUUCUAAUGGGAAUUUGAAUGGGAGUUUGUCAGUUGGGAGUUCAGUGGAGUUUGCAGAGGAGUUGGAAUGUAAUGGGGCGUAUACGGAUGGGGCAGUGGUGGAAGAGAGAGAUAUACGGGUUUGUACUAUUAAGAAUCUUGAUAAUGGGAAAGAGUUUGUUGUCAAUGAGAUAAGAGAAGAUGGGAUGUGGAAUAAGUUGAAGGAAGUUGGGACUGGGAGGCAGUUGACGAUGGAGGAGUUUGAAAUGUCUGUUGGGCAUUCGCCGAUCGUGCAAGAAUUGAUGAGGCGGCAAAAUGUGGAGGAUGGGACGAGAGAAAAUCUCAAUUCCCAUUCUAAUGGAGGGAUCGGAGGUGGGGUUUCAAAGUUUAAAAAGAAGGGCAGUUGGUUUCGGAGUAUAAGGAGUGCGGCGAAUAGUGUGACUGGGCAUAAGGAGAGGAGAAGUAGUGACGAGAGGGAUACUGGAUCGGAGAAGGGAGGGAGGAGGUCAAGUUCUGCUACGGAUGAUAGCCAAGAUGUGUCAUUUCAUGGGCCAGAGAGAGUGAGGGUAAGGCAAUAUGGGAGGUCGUCUAAAGAACUGAGUGCGCUUUAUAAGAGUCAGGAGAUACAGGCUCAUAAUGGGUCUAUUUGGGCUAUUAAAUUCAGUGUGGAUGGGAGGUAUCUAGCGAGUGCAGGUGAGGAUUGUGUGAUUCACGUUUGGCAGGUUGUGGAGUCAGAGAGGAAAGGAGAGUUGUUGAUGGAGAAACAAGAUGAAGGGGGUUUGAACUUGUUGUUAAUGGCAAAUGGAUCUCCAGAACCUAAUUUGUUGUCUCCACUCCUGGAUAGUCAUCAGGAGAAGAAGAGAAGAGGGAGGUCAUCUAUAAGCAGAAAAUCUUUGAGCUUGGACCACAUCAUUGUGCCAGAGACUGUGUUUGCUCUCACGGAUAAACCCAUUUGUUCGUUCCAAGGUCAUAUUGAUGACGUGCUUGACCUUUCAUGGUCCAAGUCUCAGUGUGGAGUGCAGUGUGAAUGCAAAACUGAUUUAGUUAUUUACAUGCCAUCUUAUUAUGAUGUGGUUCCGUUGGAUGAAUGGCAACUGAGCGGAAACUUUGUGAAUAGACAGCUGGAAUCCAGUCUUUUGGAUGGAAUUUGCGAUAUUAUGGCAAUUUUGAGAAGGACCUCUAUCUUUUUCACCACAGUAGAAUUUCAUGGCUUUUGGACAGCAUUUCAUGUUGAUUGGCUUAACAUUUUCUUUUUAACAUGCAUCCAGUUUAAUCCUGUUGAUGAUAGAUACUUCAUUAGUGGGUCCUUAGAUGCAAAGGUUCGCAUUUGGAGUAUUCCUGAUCAUCAAGUUGUUGAUUGGAAUGAUCUGCAUGAGAUGGUCACUGCAGCUUGCUAUACUCCAGAUGGUCAGGGUGCACUUGUUGGUUCUUACAAGGGAAGUUGCCGUUCAUACAAUACAUCUGAGAAUAAGUUGCAACAAAAAUGUCAAAUUAAUCUGCAGAAUAAGAAGAAGAAAGCUCAUCUAAAAAAAAUCACUGGAUUCCAGUUUGCCCCAGGAAGCUCAUCAGAAGUGCUCAUCACGUCGGCUGAUUCUCGAAUUCGAGUUAUUGAUGGUGACGAUCUGGUUCACAAGUUCAAAGCUGAUGAUGAUUCUGUGAUAGGGUUUCGUAACACCAACAGCCAAAUCUCAGCUUCCCUCACAGCAAACGGAAAAUAUGUGGUCUCUGCUAGUGAGGAUUCAUAUGUUUAUGUCUGGAAGCAUGAAGCUGAUUCGCGACUUAGCAGAAGCAAAGGUGUUACUGUCACAUGCUCGUAUGAGCAUUUCCAUUGUCAAGAUGUAUCAGUGGCGAUUCCAUGGCCUGGCAUGGGAGACACUUGGGGCCUGCAAGAUACUUUAUCUGGAGAACAGAAUGGCCAAGAUAACCAUCUUGAUGAGGUUUCCAUUGUCAAUCACCCCCCUACUCCCGUUGAGGAGGCAAGUAAUGAGGGUUCACAGUCUUUAUCCGGGUGCACAAAUAGUCCUCUUAAUGGAAUUAUUUCUAGUGCAACCAAUGGUUACUUCUUUGACAGAAUAUCAGCAACAUGGCCGGAGGAAAAGCUUAAUUUAGCAACUAGAACAAGGAGUCCUCAUGCCAGUGUGGAUAUCUCCAAUGCUUUAAGCCAGAAUGUGUCUGCCUAUGGUCUGGUGAUUGUAACUGCUGGCCUUCGAGGGGAACUUAGAACUUUCCAAAAUUUUGGAUUGCCAGUUCGAAUUUAA